AUGUCUACUGGGGCCUUCGACCUAAGAUGGCCGCCUCGAUCGCCGCAUGAGGCUCUUCUAAGCUCUCCGACGGGCCGGCAAAAGAUCCGGCAGUACUACGAUCGGACGUCUCCCUCUCCAUCGCCUCUAAAGAUUCCAUCCACUACAACCAAUCUGGGUCCGAUGAGACGGAAAUUGACCCCUCCGGAUUCCCCUGGCGAAGAUGAAGAGACCUUGCAGUUGAAGUUGGCUGCGAUCGAGGCAAAGCUCAAGCUCAAACGAUUACAGCAAAAGAAAAAUAAAGCCGGUGUAUCUAGCUCAAAUUUUGACUGCGAGAACCGCGGAAAGGAUCAAAGCUCAAGAAAAGAGAACCUUCCGCCGCCAUCUCAGAGUCGAGGGACAUACGGAAAAGUGCCCUUGGCCCGCCCCAAGUCUGCUACGGACGUUCAGAUACCGGUGUCUCCGCAGAGAAAGCACGUCGCGGCUGAAGAAGCACAUUCGCCUGGGAGGGUAUUGCUAGGCAUUGACAAGGGUUUGAAGGGGAAAAACAUUUCGUUGCGUCGUCCUCAGGGGGCACAAGCUAAAGACGAAGAUCCUUUCCGAAAUACAGCGCCACUUAGUAGUGUUCCAAGAAGUGUAGGACUUUCACGCAGCUCCACUGUCCCUCAGUUGGAUCAAUCGGGUAGAUCCAAGUCCUUUAGCGAGAAAAUUGCGGAGACGAGGCAGCAAGACAAGGCCCGCAAAGAAAAGGCGGAUAAGCUGCAGCGACAGAAGAGUUUAGGGUUCGGGGUCCAGCAACAGGAUAUUGAUGCCUUUAAGACUGCCGCCGACAGUACAGAGCAGGUUACGGAACGUCGGUCAAAGCACGACCCUCAGGUUGCGAGCAGCGGCUUCUCGAGAGACGAGGUACUCAAAGCUGUAAAUAAACCCAAUGGAGGCCUGAAUGAACGAAGCAACACCAGUGCUGGUGUAAGACGUGCUCGAGCCCAAGGCAAGUCUUCUAAUGAUAUUUGGAUAAACCCCAACGCGCAACCUGAGAUGUUGAAACCAUCUUAUCCCGCAUCAAACGAUUCGAGGAAAAGGGCGCGAUCUCUGUCACCAAAACCCAAAGCUUCAGAUCCGCCUCCGAGGGAAGCCAGUCCAGAAACGUCCACCUCUCUCUUCGAGCCCUUCGCAUCCCUUCACCUCUCUAAGCGCCUUCUGCCUCACAACUUUUUGACUGGCACCUUUUCCGAGAAACACAUCUUCUUGCUCCCGUCACUCCUUAGCGCUGUCAAGUCUCCCGACUUUUUACUUCCAGAUGUCCCGGAGCCGGAUCACGUUGUCCUCGCUAUCAUCGCGUCUAAGUCAUCGCCUCUAAUUCACAAAGGUGCUCACAAAUCCACAAGCGCAGAGAGCACCUCCAUCGCUGAAGCGGCCAACAGCGAACAGAAUACAAAUGGCAAAUAUAUGGUCCUUACGCUGACCGACCUGAAGUGGACGGUAGACCUCUUUCUCUUCGCGACUGGCUAUACAAGAUUUCGGAAGCUCACUCCUGGAACGGUUGUUGCUCUUCUAAACCCUGAAAUCAUGCCACCACCACCCGGUAAAGCGGAUACGGGUCGAUUUAGUCUCAAGCUUGCGUCCAGUGAUGACACCGUCCUUGAGAUAGGCACCAGCCGUGAUCUGGGAUGGUGUAAGAGUGUACGCAAAGAUGGCAAGCAAUGCGGAAGCUGGAUCGACAAGCGCCACACCGACUUCUGUGAAUUUCACGUCGACGUUGUUGUUGAGCGUACGCGAAGAGGAAGAAUGGAGGUUCAAGGUAUGAGCGCGCCCUUUGCGCCUGGCGGAAGGCGGGGAGGGAGGACAGGGCAUUUUGGCGACUAUAGACGGGGACAGAAGCCCGCACGAGACGACGGACUUUCCAGAGAAGGCCCUCAGUACGAUCGCGGUAGUGCUUCCCGAUACUUUGUCGCCCCCUCUACCCCAGGUUUCAGUGCCGCUCAGCUACUGGAUGCAGAUGGUGGGAUUGAACGGGGAGGGAGUAAGGAAGAAAGGAUACGUAAGCGACUAGCGGAGAGAGAGAAAGAAAAUGAGAUCGCAAAGAAGCUGGGAGAAGGUGGUAACGGAGCAGGAAGCGAGUAUCUGCGCCUGAGGACAGGAGGCGAGACAUCAGCGAAGAACGCGGACCCUCAGGCAGCUGAUCCCAUCGAUGCGACAUCGCUUGGGCUACUGGGAAAUAAAGCGAGAAACGUCCACCUGAGUCCCAUCAAGAAGAAGAGGAAGGUUAGCGCACUGAGCGUGGAUGGCUCCAGAAAGAAGACACGUUUUGUGACUGAUCGGGGUAUCAAAGAAGCUGGGCGGGAGAGCUUUGGUGGGGACGUCGCCAUGGAGGAUGCGGACGAUGAUGAUGACGAUGACGGAUUAGAGGUUGUGUAA